CCUGCCUUCCUUUCGGCCGGAACCGCCAUCUUCCAGUAAUUCGCCAAAAUGACCAACACAAAGGGAAAGAGGAGAGGUACUCGCUAUAUGUUCUCUAGGCCUUUUAGAAAACAUGGAGUUGUUCCUUUGGCAACAUACAUGCGAAUCUACAAGAAAGGUGAUAUUGUGGACAUCAAGGGAAUGGGCACUGUUCAAAAAGGAAUGCCCCACAAAUGUUACCACGGCAAAACUGGAAGAGUCUACAAUGUUACCCAGCAUGCUGUUGGCAUUGUUGUCAACAAACAAGUUAAGGGCAAGAUUCUUGCUAAGAGAAUUAAUGUACGUAUCGAGCACAUUAAGCACUCAAAGAGCCGAGACAGCUUCCUGAAGCGCGUAAAGGAAAAUGAUCAGAAAAAGAAGGAAGCCAAGGAGAAAGGUACUUGGGUUCAACUGAAGUGCCAGCCUGCCCCACCCAGAGAAGCACACUUUGUGAGAACCAAUGGAAAGGAGCCUGAGCUGUUGGAACCCAUUCCCUAUGAAUUCAUGGCGUGAUAAAUGUAAAAAAAAUAAAAGACAUCAAGACUGUACAAAUGUUUCUUUUAAUUGAGUAGCAGCGUGGUAUUGUCUUCCCCAAAGAAGUAUUUAAAGCAAACUUUAUAUCCGAAUUCACUGGGGGAUGGCUUUAUUCAAAUUUUGUGGGUUUUGAGGCACCUGGAUGACUCAGUUAAGCAUCUUACUUUGGGUCAGGUCAUGAUCUUGCAGUCCAUGAGUUUGAGCCCCGUGUCAGGCUCUGUGCUGACAGCUCAGAGCCUGGAUCCUGCUUUGGAUUCUGUGUCUCCCUCUCUCUC